AUGGGAUAUUUAGUAGAAGUUGGUAGAGAUGCAGGUGGGGACAAGCGAGGAGAGGCCACAUUGGAUGUUGAGAUGGGUGAGGCAGUGGACCCUGGUGGUGAGGAUGCUCUAAGACAGGAAGUAAAUAUUGUAGUAGAUAAGGAUAACAUUGAAGUGAAAUAUAAUACUACUGACACUGAAACUACUGAGCAACUGGCAAAUAAUAUUAGGUUUGAGACACAAACAGAGACAACAGAACAAGCUGAGCAUUCAGUGGAAUGGUUAGUGCAAGAACAAAAGGAAGAAAAGAAAGAUGUGAUUCAACUGCCUACUACACCUAAAAAAGUUGAAUCGAGGCCUAUAGAAAGACAAGAAGUUGAUGAGAGCUCUACGAGUUCUGAAUCAUCAGAGGAAGAAGAAGAACCUGAACCUGAACUUGUUCGACGGUCUACUAGACAAAGAAAACCACCUGAAAGGCAAGAUGAUGAUAAAAGUACAACAAGCUGA